AGGCCAUUGUGUUGUCAGUUUUGUGAGUAACCCAAGGAUUGUGUCGCUCGUUUUCCAUCAUAAUUCUCGUUGGCAGCAAAGUAUAACGUGUCUACAGACAUGGCGCCGGGCAGUCUGGAUGUGGAGUCGCAGCUUUUGUCCAUAAUGGACGUGCUGGUGAAAGCGGCGGUGGCGGAAAUCAGUCAGCUUUUCUCGCUGAGCUCGGCGUCUCUCCGCCUGAAUCUAACCCAGAGCCUGAAGGAAAACGAAGCCCUGAGGAUGAGGAUGAAGGUGAUGAGGAGCGAGCUCUUCUCUCUCAAGCUGCAGACCAGGACCAACCGACCGGUGAGCCGCUUUUCCCCGAUCAGAGGAAGUACACCCAAACCACGGGCUAAACCCCAAGUUGUCAUUAAGGCACCAGUGGCUGAAAAGACGGGUGGCGAAGCUGCUUCUAUUUCUCUACAAUCGGAAAACAAGACUUCCACCACUGCCUCUCAAGUAAAGUUUGCAAACAUGGAGAUCCCAGAUAUCAUCCUGAUCAAAGAUGAAGAUGACGUUGGAGGAUGUGGGCCAGUUGUAGGUCAGAAUGACUUUGUCAGCUCCAGUAUGCAGGGUGAUGUUUCUACAGGGACUCCGAAUUUAGAGUCCUGCCUGACUAGUGAUAAUAAGGAGCUGAGAAUUGUGAGUGUUCACGGACGAGGGGAAGGACCUCUGCAGGAGGAGCGCGACACUCUCUUCACUGUCUCUGAACUCCAGGCUUUUAGCUCUCUGUCUCCUGACCAUAACGCCAUCCAUGGCAGUCUCCAGAAUUUCACCACUGGUGCUAAUGACAGAGCCCCGAUGAGAAGAAUGGAGGAUAACAGAAACGGCCAACUGGAACAAAAUCAUUCCAACAAAAUAGCUUCAACAGCAUUUAAUCCUGCCAUAAAUACACAAAUAGGAGUUGAUGGUCAAGUGGGGCACCCUAGUCUUGUCAGCCAAUUUGCCCAGCAGCAGAAUGUCUUCCCUCACGGUGUCAAUAAAUCUCUGGACUGCAGCUUCUGUGGCGAGCACUUCCUCAGCCGUGAAGACCUGAUUGUUCACAGGGCCAGUCACACCGGAGAAUCGCCCGUUCUUUGUAACUUUUGCGGUAAGUCGUUCAUCAAUAAGAAUACACUGAGCAUCCACAUGCGCAUUCACACUGGGGAGAAGCCGUAUGCUUGUACGCAAUGUGGGAAACGCUUCACGCAGAACGGCAGCCUGAAGAUCCACCUGAGGACCCACUCUGGAGAGAAGCCGUACACUUGCAAUCAGUGCACUGCGAGCUUCAACAACCCCAGCAACCUGCGCAGGCACAUGACCACACACAACCCUAAUGGAGUGCUCUGACCAUUAAAGAUACAAAGUUUGAAGAUUAAUGCAAAGAUUUUACAUUUUUAAGCAUGUUACUUUAAUACUGACACUUGUGUCACACUGUGUAUUUGGGGAAUGUGUGUUUCCUCCAGUAGCUUAUGUUCUUGUGUUUCUAGUUUUGGUACUGCACAGGAAACUUGUCAUGCUUCAAAUGUACUUGACAAAAUACUAGUACACCGGCGUACAUAUAUUGACAACAUUCCAGUAAAAUCAAUAGAUUGUGGAUAGACUAGAGAAGCCCUGCAAUAAGAAAACAUAAUUUUUUUAAAUAAAAAUGCCUUUUUGUUUAACCUUUGCUUUUUUAUACUGGCUGAAAAGCAGACACACGAAUGCCUUAUUCAUCAUUCAAGGAAAAUAUGCAAUACCUAAUUUAAUUCUGGGAAAAGGACCAUGACACAACCACAACUGUAGCUCAAUGCUAGAUGAGUAAUUGUUCAAUUUGUAAAUUUGGCUCAUUAUUAAACCUUCUUAGUUGCUAUCUAUUUUUUUUUUUUUGGGGGGGGCAUUUUCUAGGCCUUUAUUUGUAUAGGACAGUUGAAGACUUUAAAGGGGAGAGAGGGGGAACGACAUGCAGCAAAGGGGCGCAGGGCGGAGUCGAACCUGUGGUUACUGCGUAGAGAAGUAAACCUCUGUAUAUGGGCGCCCGCUGUACGAGGUGCGAUACCCAGGCGCACCUCAAUUGCUAUCUUGACUGAUCUGACGCCAUGAAAGCUUGGAGAAAACCUUUUGCAGGUCAGAGAGGGACUGGGAUUGCUAAGUGUGCCAACGAUGCAGAUCUGGAAGCUAAAAUGGCCAGAAUCAUGAACAGUGACAUUGAAAUAAAGAAUAAACAUACAAUUAUUGAUAAUUGAUAUGGAUAAAAAUCAAUUGUGUUAUAUGACAAUAAUAUUGUGAUAAAGUAAAUACUCAAGAAACUGUCAAUCUUAAACACUAUUUAAGGCCUGACAAAUUAAGGUAGGGCUGCUCAAUUAUGGAAGAAAAUCCUAAUUACAAUUAUUUUGGUCAAUAUUGAAAUCACCUUUAUUUCACAUGACGUAUUACCUUUUGGAAAGAUAUUGCGUUUAUUGAAAUGAAUACAAAUAACUAGUUAAACAGAUCAACGGUGAAAACUACAUAAGUGUACUUGCUAAAUGUGCAAAAUUGUUUGUUUUUUUGAUUACAUUUUUUUUGUGAUCUUUUGGAGCCAACAUCAAAAUU